AUUAUUUUGUUAUGUUUCAUUAGUCAUGUUAUUAUGCAAUUCAUAAUAAACAUUCCACUUUCUUAGGAACUCAUGGGUCUCAUCUAAACUACAUUCAUGUUCUCAUGCAAUGCACAUCCAUGAUUUUUGGUUAAUCAACUGUCUUGGUUGUUGUCGUUGUUGUUAAUUUAAUUUAAUUUAAUUUUUAUAUUAUUAUUUAUGUACAUCUAGCUUACUAUUGUCGGCAAUUAUCUUACUCGACCUUUUUUUAUUUACCCACAUUAUAAGCUCAAAUAUACUGUCACAAUCCUGUGGCUCAGCAUCAAAUUUAUUGUAUUGACUUGAUCAUUUGUGAGAUAUACAUGUCAAAGACUAUUGCUAGCAUCAUUUGGGGACGAUAAAAUAGGCUUGAGAUAAAACAUCUUGUUUAAAAGUUUAACAAUUUUUCCGAAUUUAAAAGAAGGAAGUGUAUUUUUUUUUUCCUAUUUGAAACUGAAACAAACACUUUUUUCCCUACGGGACUUGAACCUUCGACCUUUUAUUUUAGAAGGCGGGGAUGCUACAACCUGUGGUGGUAAGAAAGAAGUGUUUUGUUAAGAAGAGAAGGCCGAAAAAGCCACGGUUUGGGGUGCAAAGAAAUGACAGGAUGGCUAUGCAACUGUGAAUAGAUAGUCCCAUCUAAAAAGAAAAACUCCAUAUUAAAUAAGGAGUUCUAUUAUUGACUUUAAGUAGACUGUAGCUUUUCAGACUGUCUAAAACUAGCUAUCAAGUUUUCGUUGUGUUUUAAUUAUUGAGAAUAGUUGCGGUAAUCUUAGGAAUUAAAGUUAUGUAAUGAGGAAUCUUUUUAUAAGUAUAGUAUUAGGAAUAAAUUUGUAACCAGCAUGAAUUUCUGAAAGACUCCUAAGUUAAGUUGUGUCACGUUUCUGCCUCCUUGACUGAUAUCAUUUUCUACUUUAUAUAGUCCUUGUGUUAACUGAUUUCUGCUUCAUUCAAAUUAAUUGAUUGAUAAGGUUCUUAUAUAUAGUUGAUGUGAUAACUUAGUGAUCCACUUUGCCCAUCGUUAGUGUGUAAUGUUGUAGUGUUGGAAUUAAGAUUAGGUACAUUGGUAGAAUGCAAAUACGCAUAUCUUUUUCCUCUCUAGAUUAGUAAUGGAUGAAUUGUACCCACUGCCUUUAUGAUAUGAUGUGGUAAGGACGCAUUUGAAAUUAACAGGACAACUAUGGUAGAUUUGUUUUGAACCUAAUGUGAAAAUGUGCACAAGUGGUAUAAGGAAAAGUGGUAAUUCUAAUAUGUUGGUAAAGCACAGCCCUUACUUUUGAAACCAUGCAAAAGUCCGGCAUAAAAAAAAAUCGUAAUUCUAAUAGGCUGGUAAAGCACAGCCCUUACUUUUGAAAGUAUAAAAAAUAGGUAAAAGAUAUCUUAGAGGCUGAUAUAUCAAACUGUGAGUGACUGUAUAAAUUCUAGCUGGAAAAAAUUGUUAAAUGUCAAUAAAUGCAUUCAUCUUAGAGUAGUGUAGUCCUAUAUCACUAUUGAAAAAGGUUACUGGGGAUGGAUGGAUUGCAUAAUUGAAGUUUGUUGUAUGGGUUUCCUUACUUAGAAACAGAACAUGGACCCCAAAAUUUUGAAAUUUUUGGGAUUAGGAUGGCAUGAGUAACACAACAGAGCAUGCAGAGAAUUUCAGCUCCAAUUUUGGUCUUAUGAGUUCAGGGUAACCGUCAGACUGUAAUUCAAUGAAUUUUAUUUUGUGAUUUUAUUGGAUAUUAGGAGGAAACUAACUCCCUUUUGGUGAUUUGUUGCUGAACCUAUAUUUGACUUUUGGUAGUGAUUUGGAGGUGGAAUAUGUGAAACUAGCAGUGGCAGAAAUUAGAUAAUCCUAGUGCUAUUAGUGUGAUGCAAUUGAAAGUGGUUUUCUUGGCAGAGUGGUGAUUGUUGAAAGGGAGUGGCAGCAACUUUUGUGAAGAUGGAGUGGUAACUGUGCUGUUAAGUUGGAGCUAGGAUGGUGUUUGUGGUGUUUUGGGGUUAUGGUUGUCAUAUCAGAUGGAAGUGAUUAUAAUAACAAGGUGUUGUGAACACAGCGGUUGUGGGGGGAAGGGUGAUGGUGAUUCUGCCUAGCUGAAGGGGUUUUGUUGCCAUUUAGAGAACAUAUUUAUGCCAGUUUCAUAUCCAAACUCAGAAACAGGAUCAAUACGGAACCAUUUCUUAUUUGGCACCGGUUAUGAGGCCUGUUGGUACACAGUGGAGAUUGCAUGCUGGGACCAUUUAAGUAUAAGAGAUGAACCUUACUACGUUGAGAAAGUAACUUCAGAAAUAUCUAUUAGCAUCUGUUAAUUGUCUGAUUGGAUUCGGAGGUGAUCAAGACAUCACCAUCAUCAUCUUUGCUAGCCGCAUGAAAUUACUUUUUCCAUUCUUUUCUUUUACAAGCCAUGUCUCAUAUUAUAUAUAGCUUUUCUAAUAAUUUCUAAUUAUUUCAUCUCGUUUGAGAUUUGGUCGGCCUCUUUGUCUUUUACCUUCUAUGCAAAUGAAUCUUCCUUUCUUGUUGGAGCAUCUAUGGGUUUACAUUGUAUAUAAUAAUACCACCUAAGUCUACUUUAUCUUAUGUUAUCACAAAUGGGAGCUAGUUGUAGUUUUCCUUCUACGUUGAUUAUUUCCUAUUUCUUCUAGUAACACUUAUCAUCCAUCUUAGCAUUCUCAUUUCAGCUACAUGAACUCAUUAACGCCUAAAAUUCUGCUUUAUAUAAUAUAGUUGACUUAAUAGCUGCCCUGUAAAUUUUUUCUUUUAAUUUCUUUAAAAAAAGGAUACAUCUCGCUUGUUUCCACUUUGUCCAAUCUGUUCCAUCUUACUGUAUGCUUACUAUCUAUUUCUCCAUCUUUUGUAUUAUUACUGAUCGUAAAUGGCAAAAAUGAUUAUUUCAAGUAAUCCUUUGGCUUUGAACUGUAAUAGUUAUAUUAUUUUCUUCUGUUACUUGAUUAAAUUUGCAUUCCAAGUAUUCUGUUUUACUUUUACUAAUUUUUAUGCUUUUGCUUCUAAACCAAUUCUCCAUGUUUCUAAUUUCAACAUGCUUCAUGGGCUGUCUUCUUUGAUGUCAUUCAUUAUUUCAAUUAAGACUGUUAUGAAUAGAUGUGGGCUUAACACUGAUCCUUGGUGUAAUCUUACUUUUAUAGGAAAAUCACUAGUUUCUCUGCACAUCAUAAAAACUUCAGUUCUUGUCUAACUAUACAUAUCCCGAAUAAAAUUUUAAAUUUUUUUUAAGCACUUUUUUUUCUGUACUUUUGUAAAGGCCACCAAUUACGUACUUUAGCACUCCAUCAUAUGUCUUUUCUAAGUUUAUGAAAAGUAUGUGCCAGUCCUUUUGUUUACUUCUACAUUCUUCUACUAUAUAUGGUCUCCAUAGUGGAUCUACCUGGCAUAAAUCCAAACUGAUUAUAAUAUAUUGAAAGUUUCUAUUUUUAAUCUCUGUUUGAUUAUCCUUAUCCAUAGUUUCAUGGUAUGAAUCAUUAAUUUAAUUCCGCUAUAAUUUUCAAAAUUUUGUAUAUCAUCCUUUAUUUUGUAAAAGUGGUACCAUACUGCUUUUUCCCCAUUCAUUUGCCAUUCUUCUUUAGUUAGCAUUUUGUUAACUUAUAAGUAAGUACUUUUAGCUUUUAAAUACUAUUAUCUAUUUUAAAUAUGUUCUCUACUCCCUUAUUAUUAAUUCCAUUUAUCAUUGCUCCUUAGUUCAAGUCCCACGCGUCCCAUGUCAAAUGUACCAAUUCUGAGGCAGCCUGGUAUGUAAGUUUUGUUACUCAAGACAACAAUAUCAUUUUGGUUCGAUAGAUGGUUGAGUACCAUGUGAACAGGUCUUGUAACCAUGCCAUUAAGAAUUCUUUGAAGUUGAGAAAUAAAGUUGAGUUCUUAAUGGUCUCUUUAAUGGAGUUCUUGGAGAAAUAAAAUUGAGAUUCAAAUGAGAGACUAUUCUCUUUCAUAUCAUUAGGGUUUGAUUGUUGAGUCAGCCUGUGGAAUUUUAGCCUUUUUGCUAGAAAUUGCAGAAAUAUGUUAAAAUAUCAAAUUUUGCGAUUUUCAUCCUUGAUGGUGUCUUUAAUGGAGUUCUUGGAGAAAUAAAGUUGAGAUUCAAAUGAGAGACUAUUCUCUUUCAUAUCAUUAGGGCUUUGAUUGUUGAGUCCAUAGCCUGUGGAAUUUUAGCCUUUUGCUAGAAAUUGCAGAAAUCUGUAAAAAUAUCAGAUUUUGCGAUAUUCAUCCUUGAUACUGAGUCUCAAUUGGGCCUGUCAGUACUUGUAGGCUUGUAGCUAUCAGAUUGUGUCUAUCAGGCUACAUAAAUUACACAGGUGUUCUCCCCAUGUUCUAGACCACUUUACUCUUUUGUAGGAAACCACUCACUCAGUUUCCCCGAGUGGAUAUUGCUUGAAAAUCUCAAUAUUAAUAGGUAGUGCAGCUGUGGAUAACUAUCUUUUACAUAUCAUUAUGCAUUUAUAUGGUUCAUUGAUACUACCUGCAUGUGCUGUCAAAUACUGUUGUACCUUCUUGUCAUGAUGCACUGUCUAGAUAAUUGAUUUAUGUAAUGAUUAAAUUAAAAGUUUUGAAGUGUUAUUUUUAUCUUUUCUAGAUAUAUUUGUAUGGUAGGAAAAGAAGCUGACUUAAUAAUGUUAGUCGAGUAUUUUCAUGUACCUUUUCUGAUAGCCUACCUGGAGUCUCUUAUUCUGGGUGUCUAUUUGCAUGAUUUUACAAGUGGCUCAAGGUGAUGAUGAAUCUUUUUGCAGACCAAGCAGCUCUGAGCAGACCCCACCUCGCCGUAGGCACUCUGAUUUGUUUGAAUCACUCGAGUCACUGAAAGUGGAUUCUUCUCCUCAACGGAAGGUCUCUCCGGCCAUGAGCACUUUACAAGGGUAUUAUGGUCUUAAAGCAACAGAUAAAAAAGCUGCAUCUGAAGGCUGUGAAAUGGCUGUUUAUUGGAAAGGAGGUUCUCAGUAUUUAGAGGAUGAACUGUUAGCUAAACCUUUUCCUUCUUCUCACCCACCCCUGGGUCAUCAUGGAAAAUCUAAAAGCGUAUCUAAUGGUUUCUUGUCAGAGAAUGGCGAACUGGCUAAUGGCAUGUCAGUUGCAGAAACUAGAGACGGUGACUCUGAUAGAUGGAAUGAGAAGUUGGUGAGAAGGCGUCAGAAAUCUGAAGCAGACUUUGCUUCCCGCACCCCGGAAAUGCUGCUGAAGGAAGAUAACAGCAAUGGUGGCGGAUUUUCAGCUAUAACAGGAAAGGGCUUAGCCCUGAGACCCAAAUCUGCUAGUCGAACUUCUUCGGGAGUUGAUGCUGAAGCCGGUUGGUUGAACCCUAUUCCUGUCGGUUUAGGCGAUUCUCUUUUGGCUGACAGCUUCGUUGUGGUAAGGAAGUCGUCAAGUACACCCAGUUUGCAGGACCAGGACAGUAACACAACCUCUUCCGUCUGGCAAACACAAAAAUGGUGUUUGAAGCCAGAAAUUCAGACCGCCAUUGCAAGGCCAAUCUUUGAUGGCUUGCCGAAGCCAAUAACAGGUCGAAGAAAUAAAGCUGCACUUGAUUAAGUAAAGUAAAAUUAUGGUCAGUAGAUCCAAUUUAUUUACAGAUUUUGUUUCAUAUUCUGAUUAUUAGAGGGAAAUUGAGAGGGAAAAAGAAAAAGAUUUAAAAGUUAGGUAAUGAAAAUCAUUGAUCAUUUGGAUGCUGGAACAUUUCCUUCUCUCUGAUAGACAUUCCAUAUAGAGUGGCAGUUCCAAGCUAGAAUUAGAGGAUCAAAAGCUGCUAUGUGAUUCGCCAUACAUUUAUUUGUUACAGAUGUUUGUUAUUUCGGGCAUUUGCAUAACCUAACUGAGAAUGUAUUUGUUCUAAGAAUGGUGGAAAAAAUGUUUGUCUAUAAACCUAUUUAUUUAAUGCUGUUGAUAGAUUCAUUUUA